AUGGCCGGCAGAGCCACCUCGGCGCCACCGCAGUUGCCCGAGCGCCUGGCGGCCGGGCCGCGGCGGCGCGCGAGGAGCCCGGGAGCACCGGAGAGGCACCUGCUCGGCAGCGUGCCCGCGGCGCAGACCCUGGCCAGGGUCAUCCGGCCUUGCUACGGCCCCCACGGGCGGCAGAAGCUCCUGGUCACCGCCGGAGGAAGCACGGUGUUCACGGGCUACGCCGCGGCCAUCCUCCGGGCCCUGGAGCUGGAGCACCCGGCCGCGCGGCUCCUGCGCGAAGCGGCCCACGCGCAGGCGGAGGGCCCCGGCGACGGCGCGGCCUUCGUGGUUCUGCUGGCGGAAGCCCUGCUCCGGCAGGCCGAGCACCUGCUGCGCGCCGGCCUGCCCCGCUCCCAGCUGCGCCAGGCCUACGCCGCGGCCACCGCCGAGACCCUGGCCCUGCUGCCCUCCCUGUCCAUCCGCUCCCUGGGGCCCUUGGAAGACCCCUUUUGGGCCCUCUAUUCAGUGAUGAACACCCACGCCGCGCCCCAGAUGGACUUCUUGGCCAAGCUGGUGGCCCACGCGUGCUGGGCCACCAAGGAGCUGGACGGCAGCUUCCACCGCGAGCGCGUGGGGGUGUGCACCCUCCGAGGGGGGAGGCUGGAGGACUCGUGCCUGCUCCCGGGGCUGGCCCUGAGCGCGAGCCCCCGCGGGCAGGUGACCACGGUGCUGAGCGGCGCCAGGGUGGCCCUCUUUGCCUGCACCUUUGGUCCUGCCAGCCCACAGGCUCCGGCGACGGCCCGUCUCUCUAGUCCCGAGGACCUCACUAAAUUCAGGAAAGGAAAUGAACAGUUGAUAGACGAGCAAGUAGCCCAGCUGGCAAACGCCUGUAUUAAUGUGGCGGUGGUCUGGGGGGACGUCGAUGAGAAGACGCUGGCACAGGCUGACAACUACGGCAUCAUGGUGAUUCAGGCCCGGGCCCGCAGGGACGUGGUUUACUUGAGCGGGGUGCUGGACACGCCUUUGAUGCCCUACCUUCUUCCUCCCCUGCAGCCGGGAAAGUGCCAGAGGGUGUACGAGCAGGAGCUGGGGGAAGGUCUGGCUGUGGUGUUCGAAUGGGAAUCUUCGGGUACCCCUGCCCUUACCUUGGUCCUCAGGGGGGCCACAGCGGAGGGGCUACAGAGCGCGGAGCAGGCUGUGUACCAUGGCAUCGACGCCUACUCCCAGCUGUGCCAGGACCCCAGACUGCUCCCAGGGGCGGGCGCCACCGAGAUGGCUCUGGCAAAAAUACUCUCAGAAAAAGGAAGCCGACUGGAAGGGCCUCACGGCCCGGCCUUGCUAGCAUUUGCACAGGCCCUUCGGUCUCUUCCGGAGACCUUGGCCGAGAACGCAGGCUUGCUGGUGUCAGAGGUCAUGGCGGAGCUGAGCUGCGCCCACCAAGCUGGGAACUUCCUGGUAGGCGUGGGGGCCGAGGGGACAAUAAACGUGGCGGAGGGAGAGGUGUGGGACACCCUAGUAGCCAAAGCCCAAGGACUUCGAGCGGUGGCUGAUGUGGUUCUCCAGCUCGUGAGUGUAGAUGAAAUCGUAGUGGCCAAGAGAAGUCCCGCAAACCAGCAGGACUUGAAUCCUGUCCCUAAGAAGGCAAGGGAACGGCCGUCUCCCCUGAAAAAGUCAACUCCUCGAAAGACUUAAGUAGCAACAUCCUCAAUAAAAUGCAGGUGGCCAAGGAAGGCACAAUCACCCCCAAAAA